AGCAUGGGUUUGUUUGUUUCUGCCAACACGUUAAGAAUUUAAAUAGAUACUCUGUAUGGAGGUAAAUAUUUUAUUUAUAAGUAUUAUCGGUGACACAACAACUACUAACACCCGUGAGGCAGUCGGCAGUUUCAAUUAAAUGACCUUAGAAAAUCACUAAAAAUGCCACUCUUUGGAAACACAUUCAGUCCGAAGAAGAUUCCUCCUCGCAAAUCUGCAUCCCUGUCCAGCCUACAUACGUUGGAUCGCUCAACAAGAGAAAUAGAGCUGGGUCUUGAAUAUGGACCUCCUGUUAUGAACAUUGGAGGUCAGAGCUGGAAAUUUGAAGAUGGACAGUGGAUAACAGAUUCUGGAGGGAAUGCAUCUGGUAGGGAAUUGCAGCGGCUUAAGAAAAGAAAUGUACAACUGGAGGAAGAAAACAAUCUCCUGAAACUAAAGAUUGAAAUCCUCAUGGACAUGCUGACAGAGACGACAGUAGAGUACCACCUGAUGGAGAAAGAAGUGGAAGAUGUAAAGACUCAGCAUCGAAGGAAGAAAUGACAAGUCGCAUCCGAUGCGUCCAUCAUAGGAAAUUUUUUUUUAGCUCUUUUUGUAUUCACACACAGUUUGAAGUUUGUUGAGUUGUAAAAAAAAAAAAAAACAGCUUUGUUUUUUUUUCUUGUAAAAAUUGAGAUAAAAUAAAGAAGUCACAAUCUU